AUGACGACGGCCAGCAAUGCCAAGCCGCCACCGACCGACCCUCAAUCUUCCCCAUACCCACCAGAAGCGACCGCCUCAUCCCGCAAUUUUGUCCCGUCAUUCUCCCGAGACCAAGACGAGAUCUCUUGGACCUCUCCCCAAUCGACUUUCUCCGGUAUACCGAACGAUGACCCGCGCCUGGCUCUUGGGGUACCUCCACCCGUCAUGAUCCCGCCCGAGUCCGACGAAUCCCCCUUGGCCUCCUCCGCAGGCCUCACCUUGGGGCACGACGAUAUCGCCCUUCCCGACGAUAUCGACACGCACAGCCGAGCCAGUUCACGCGACCCCGGGAGCGUCCAAACCGGAGGCGAUAUCAGUACUAUUCUAGAGGGCGGAUACGACCAUCACCCCGACGACGGGAAAGGAGAUUCCGUGAAUGGUGAGCAAAGAAACGAAAAACCAGCGUGGAGCGAAAUGAAGACAAAGGCUGGGAAGGAGCGAAAGCGCCUCCCCUUGGCGUGUAUCGCAUGUAGGAGGAAAAAGAUUCGAUGUUCGGGCGAGAAGCCCGCGUGCAAACACUGCUCGCGCUCGCGGAUUCCCUGCGUAUAUAAAGUCACCACCCGGAAGGCAGCGCCUCGGACAGAUUAUAUGGCAAUGCUAGAUAAACGGCUGAAGAGAAUGGAAGAUCGCGUUAUUAAGACCAUCCCGAAGGAAGAGACGAGGGAUAUGGCAGCCAUCGGACGAUCCGUGGUUCGGCCUCCCCAACCAGGGCAGGCCUCGAAGAGCCAGAAGAAGCGGUCAGCCGACGAAGCUUUUGCGAAUGAGAUGGACGAGUGGGCUCGUGGAGAGCGCAAAGCUUCACUGGAUAUAUUCCCAAUGCGCCGGGAAAGUAAGAUUAACGAUGUAACUGGUUUGAUGACUGAAGGGGCAGAAUUUUUACCCUCGUUAGAGAUUCAAGAACAUCUAGCGGAAGUUUUCUUUGAUUGUGUCUAUGGGCAGUCUUACCUCCUGCUCCACAAACCCAGCUUUAUGCGCCGAUUGAAGGCCAGGACUGUUCCACCAGCUUUGAUCCUGGCUGUUUGCGCCGUAUCGGCUCGAUUUUCAACUCAUCCACAACUUAACUCCGAACCGCCUUUUCUACGCGGAGAGAAUUGGGCAAACCCAGCCGCUGCAAUAGCUUUAAGCCGCCACGACGCCCCCAACAUUACUAUUCUGACCGUCUUCUUGCUGCUGGGUCUUCAUGAGUUUGGAACUUGCCAUGGUGGUCGAAGUUGGUCUUUCGGGGGUCAGGCGUUGCGGAUGGCAUACGCUCUUCAACUGCAUAAUGAACUCGAUGAAGACCCGCUAUUGAGCCAGACCAAUGGUGGCGGGUCCCAGCUCAGCUUCACUGAUCGGGAGAUUAGAAGACGUACCAUGUGGGCGUGCUUCAUGAUGGACCGUUAUAACUCGUCUGGAAGUCAACGUCCACCUAUUGGAAACGAAAAAUUUAUACAGAUACAACUGCCGAUCAAAGAGUCGCAUUUUCAGAUGGAAAUCCCGGGACCAACGGAGGACCUGGAUGGAAAUGUUCCCAAUCCAGUUCCGGAAGACGUUGGCCAGCUGUCAAACGCGAAGGACAACAUGGGAGUGUCUGCCUAUAUAAUUCGCGCCAUAGUAUUAUGGGGGCGUAUCGUGGACUAUCUGAAUCUAGGAGGAAAGAAGAAGGAUGUUCAUCCACUGUGGUCACCCGAGUCGGGGUAUACGCGCCUCAAACGACAGAUUGAGGAGUUUUCUGCAUCUCUUCCAAGCCAUUUAGCAUUCACUUAUGAGAACCUCCAGAUUCAUGCGGCUGACAGGAUCGCCAACCAGUUUCUCUUUCUGCAUAUAAUCAUUCAUCAGAACAUGCUAUUCUUAAACCAGUUUGCCAUUCCUUUAUCACCGGGAGGGCGCCCCCCGCGGGAUAUGCCCAAGGCUUUCUUGAGCAACGCUGGACGGGCCGCGGUAGAGGCGGCCCACCAUAUCUCUGUGCUGAUCGAUCGCGCUUCAGCAUACCCUCUUACCGUUCCCUUUGCUGGAUAUUGUGCAUACUCAGCCAGCACAGUACAUAUCUGGGGUAUCUUUUCCAAGAAUUCCCAGCUCGAGGCUCGGUCAAAGGAAAACCUACGGCAUACUUAUAGAUAUCUAAACAAGAUGAAGAAAUAUUGGGGUAUGUUCCAUUACAUGGUGGAAAGCGCUAAGGAUCGAUACCGGCAGUUUGCAGAUGCUGCGAUUAAGGGGUCGGUUGUCACCCAGAACGGCAGUCAGAUCAGCGCAAUGUUUCAGUAUGGUGACUGGUUCGACAAGUAUCCUCAUGGUGUGUCGAGGAUGCAUUGGGAGGACCCGAACGCUCAAAAGAAGAAUAAGACCGACGAAGCCGUGAUGAGCCAGAAGCCCGACCUUCAAAGCGUCGAGGACUUCUUUGCCAGUCUAUCCCCUACACCACAGCCCAGCGUGUCAGGCCGUCAGCAUUCCAAGAAGGACAGCAGAGGCGAAAGUCUGUCUGACAUGGGUCAGCCAACCUCUCAACCCAUGGUUGACAUAAACACUCCAGGGAUGAUGAACACACCGGGAGCCGGGUUCCCGCAGCCCGCACUGUUCAACCAAGCUCGUGGGCAACUGUACGGCCAGUAUCCGUUCGACUUCCCCGUUCCAGCCGACCAACUACCCCAACUCGACCGACAGUUUGUUUACGGCUCCUUUGGCGGUCUCGAUCCCUCCACCAAUUUCAUGCCAUCGGAAAAUCCGCCCAUAUCCACCGUAAACGGCUCAGAGCCCUCCCCAGCAACAGCCCCAGACAACUCCGCCAUCUUCCCAGGCCAACUAGACCCCAACGCCCCCGCCGGGGUAGGCGAGUACUAUCAACCAAGCGCCUGGUUCCUCCCCUUCAACCUAGACCCCGUCAGCGCAGGCGUCGGCCUCGACCCAAGCCCCGCACAAGUCCCCGGCAGCGGAACCCCGGAUAUGUCCACCUUCAAUGGCGGGAACAUGCCCAUGGGCACAUUUGACAUGGGAAUGGCGAGCGUGAAUCGAGGACCCCAGAUGAACGAAUAA